GAGACUCAAAAGCAAGUCAACCGCGUAUAGCUCUGUGCUUCACGAAAGUCUAAAAAGGCUACCAAGAAGCUCCAAUGGCAAGAAACCUUCACAGCGACUUUUCCAUUCUUUUCUUUCUCCUUGCUUUUUGUUAGCUUCUCAUCCAAAAAAACAAAACCCAAAAAAGUAAAAGGAAACCAACCCGAAAGCACCAAUCGUCGUCUUUGCCAUCAGCUACUGCUAGCUAGGAUCUCUGAAAAGUAAAAAGUUGCAAUCUUUUUCGUGUCUGAAUUGCGGACUUCGCAGUUGGGUUCUUAGUCUUUAUGUUCCUCUGCGGAAAGAGUGAAAAAUCUUGCUGGCAGAUUGAACCCAGAAAACAAAAUCUCAGUCUGCAGUUGGGUUCUUGUCUGUUGAAUUUGAAGACCUUGGUGAGAUACAGAGAUUUUGGGAAACUUUUUUUUUGAUGGGGGCUUGCUGGAGCAACAAAAUCAAGGCUGAAAGUCCUUUGAAUACAGGAUUCAAUUCGAAACAAGGGAGUGGUUCAAGUGGCAGGAACUCAUCGACUUCCAUGCCGGUGACUCCUCGGAGCGAGGGCGAGAUCUUACAGUCUACUACUCUGAAGAGUAUCAGCUUCAGUGAGCUUAAAACCGCCACCAGAAACUUCCGUCCUGACAGUGUGCUGGGAGAUGGGGGUUUUGGUUCCGUUUUCAAAGGUUGGAUUGACGAAAGUUCGCUUAUAGCAUCCAAGGCCGGGACUGGCAUGGUGAUCGCCGUGAAGAAACUCAACCAAGAUGGGUUCCAGGGUCACAAGGAAUGGCUGGCAGAAAUCAACUAUCUAGGAGAGCUGCAUCAUCCUAAUCUUGUGAAACUUAUUGGAUAUUGCUUAGAGGAUGAUCACCGGCUCUUAGUUUAUGAGUUCAUGCCUAAGGGCAGCAUGGAAAACCAUCUAUUCAGGAGAAGUUCUCACUUUCAUCCACUUUCUUGGAGCUUCCGAAUGAAAAUUGCCCUCGGUGCUGCAAAGGGACUUGCCUUUCUCCACAAUGCUGAAACACAAAUUAUACACCGUGACUUCAAGUCAGCUAAUAUUUUGCUCGACGCGAACUACAACGCAAAGCUGUCUGAUUUUGGGUUAGCCAGGGAUGGGCCAACUGGUGACAAGAGCCACGUCUCUACUAGGGUCAUUGGAACCCAGGGAUAUGCUGCUCCGGAGUAUUUAGCCACAGGUCAUCUUACUACCAAGAGUGACAUAUACAGUUUCGGAGUUGUUCUUCUAGAAAUGUUAUCUGGACAACGAGCUAUAGAUAAGAACAGGCCAACUGGAGAACACAAUCUGGUGGAAUGGGCAAAACCAUACCUGAGAAACCAACGCCGAGUUUUUCGUGUCAUUGAUUCUCGCCUUGAAGGCCAGUACUCAGUCAGUUGUGCCCAAAAGGCUGCUGCCCUUGCGCUUCAAUGUCUUGCUGUAGAUCCCAAGGACAGACCUGACAUGAAUGAAGUAGUAACAGUACUGGAUGAGCUUCAGGACGUCCCCAAGGGUACUCAGAAAGAGCAUAAUGCAACUAGUCCCAAGUCCAGCAAAAGGAGUGUUGACGAUGCUGCCAACGUGACUGCUUAUCCCCGGCCUUCUAGAGACCCACUUUUUGCUUGAAGAAAGAGCUUUCGUGCCGCCCGAGAUAUAGUGAAAGGUGCGAAGUGAAGUCUUGAUAGAUAAAAUUUGUACAUAGCCGAGAAUUGUUCAAAGUAGUGUGUAGUGAUUGUGUAUAAUGUCUUCGAGCCUACUGCCUUUGAGUAUUUUUUGGUUAUUUACGCGCAGAAUCACUGAACUUGCGGAGUUGUUUUCGGGUUACUGAAAUUUAAAAAAUGCAAAAGUGCAACGUGUGUAUGAGAAGUGCGAUUCGGCUCAUUGAGUGAUUUUCGUUCCUCUCGGAAUUAUGGGACCUUGAUAACGGCCUCCAUUAGUGUAUGGAUAGUCUGUUUUGCCUCAUAGUUGUGUCUCAUAUUCAAAUAUAAGAUGUAAAUCGUAAGUUUCCGAUGCA